GGGCAUGGCAUCGGUCACGGAGCUGGACGCGACACUGGGGACUGGAAAAGCUGGUGGUUAUUUUACUGGGGGUUGGAGCUGGAUGGCGGUUUCAAGGAAAAGAGCGGUUUGCUUCUGGGAGUUUGAGAUUAUGAGGCUGCUUCAGAUUGGGUUCGGAAUCUUCGUUUUUACGAUUUGCUUCAAUAUGCCGCUGAUAUAGCGCAACAGUUUACCGACAUAA